CAGAGGAUGCCUGGGCACAGGUUGUGACCAAAGCUGAGCCUGGGCUCCAAGUCAGGGAAGGUGGCAGUGUUAGAGCACUGUGUCAAGGUAGGGCCACUACCCAUACAUAACCUCCCUCCCCAGCUUCUGAGGGUGGACGGGGCCAAGACCACCUGGUCUGAGAGCAGGGCUGGGGCUCUACCACCUCCUCCCCAGGUGCCUAGUUCCUGGAGGGGCCGCAGGGGCGGGGGCCCCAGGAAACCCUUUGAAAGCCCAUCACCACCUCUGGUGUCCCACAGUGAUAUGCCUGAGAUAUUUGUGCAAAAGUGGAUGUGGGCUAAAGCCUCCCUACUCCACCUGGAGAAACUGACAGGACAAAUCCAUGUUCCCGGGCACCGCCUUCCCGAUACCCCACAAUUAGACACUCAGCAGUAACCCAGGAUGCCCUACACCACACAUACCACCACACACACCGUACAGCACACACACACACCGUACAGCACACACACACACACCACACACAGACACACACACACACACACAUACCCAGAUGCGUGCAGCAACAGGGGAGAGGGGCGGGGCCCGAGCGCAGGUUGUUGGCCCCUAAACUACACUUCCCAGAAGGCUGUACAACACUCUCGUCCAGGUCCGAUGUUAAGGGCCUCCGGCCCAGACGCCCUCUGGGAACUGAAGUCCGCCCCUGCGCGACGCAAAGGCUCCCGGGAGUUGUAGUGCACGUUCGGACGGCGCAGGCGCACGUCCCACGACAGCCGACUGGAGCUCCUUUGUGGUGGCCGCGGUCCUUUUGUGGAGGCGGUGUGGCUCGGCCGCGCGUCCGUCCGGCGGUGGGUCGGUCUGCCAUUGCGCCCCGGGCCUGUGUGCCGCCCACGGCACCCCCGGCUCCGAGAGGCCGAGCCCGAGGCCUGUCCGGCUCGCGCGGGCCCAGGAGGCGUGGGUGACGGGCCGGUGGGGCGCGCAGGAUGGGGCGGGGGCGCCUGUGGAGCCCGCCCGACCCCGAGCUGGGGCGCCGACCGGCCUCACGGGGCUGCCCAGAGGUGUCCUGAGCGCCAGGAGCGGGCCCCACCCCGUGGCGGCCGCCGAGGAAGGCGCCAUGGAGACCCCGGCCCCGGAGCCCCGGGAGACAGCUCUCCCCUCUCAGGACCCUGCUCUUUCCCGCCAAGAGAUUCCAGAAGAUAAAAUGGGUCAGGGUCUCCUGGAAGCCAGGUGCGAGGAAUCGGUGACUUUCAAGGAUGUGGCUGUGGACUUCACCCAGGAAGAGUGGGGCCAGCUGGACUCCCCUCAGAGGGCCCUGUACCGGGAUGUGAUGCUGGAGAACUACCAGAACCUUCUCGCCCUGGGGCCUCCGGUCUGCAAGCCCGACGUGAUCUCCCACCUGGAGCGAGGUGAGGAGCCAUGGCGGGUGCCCAGAGAGGUUCCCGGAGGGGUGCGUCCAGAGCGGGGGCCCAGGCCUGAGAUCGGGGAGCUGUCACCUCAGCAGCCGGUCAUUUACAAAGAAGAGCCUUCGUGGGAGCCUGUCUCGGAGCAGGUGGCGCCGUCUGAUCUCCAUGUCCUGAGUCUGGGUGAUGGUGGCGCUUGGGGUGGCCUGGUGACUGCUCUGUCAUGUGACGAGGCUGUGCUCUGGAGGCCCGUGCCCGCCAGCGCUGAGGACAUUUCCACGGAGGAGCGCUGCCAGGGUCACAGGGUGUCUGAGAAGGACAUUCGCCCGAGGUGCGCCAUCCCCACAGCAGGAGGCUCUCUGGACGGACACGCAGAGAGCUUCCCACCCAGCGGGGCCGGGAGCUGGCGGCAGAGACCCGGCAGGGGGAGAAAGUCCAGUGGGAAGGAGCCGCCCACCGGCAGGCGGCGGGGCAGUGGGGAAGGGGCCAGCGUCUUCGCGUGCGGAGACUGCGGAAAGGCCUUCCAGCAGAGUGCAGCGCUGGCACUGCACCGGCGCUGGCACACACGGGAGAAGGCCUACAAGUGCAGCGAGUGCGGCAAGGCCUUCACCUGGAGCACCAACCUCCUGGAACACCAGCGCAUCCACACCGGUGAGAAGCCCUUCUUCUGCGGCGAGUGCGGCAAGGCCUUCAGCUGCCACUCGUCCCUGAAUGUGCACCAGCGCAUCCACACAGGCGAGAGGCCCUACAAGUGUGGCGCCUGCGAGAAGGCCUUCAGCUGCAGCUCCCUGCUCAGCAUGCACCUGCGCGUCCACACUGGCGAGAAGCCCUACAAAUGCGCCGAGUGCGGCAAGGCCUUCAACCAGAGGACGCACCUGACGCGACACCACAGGAUCCACACCGGGGAGAAGCCCUACAAGUGUGCCGAGUGCGGCAAGGCCUUCACCUGCCACUCGUCCCUGACGGUGCACGAGAAGAUCCACAACGGUGACAAGCCGUUCAAGUGCAGUGACUGCGAGAAGGCCUUCAACAACCGCUCCCGCCUGACGCUGCACCAGAGGACCCACACGGGCGAGAAGCCCUUCAAGUGCGGCGACUGCGGGAAGGGCUUCAGCUGCCACUCCUACCUCGUCGUGCACCAGCGCAUCCACAGCGGGGAGAGGCCCUUCCGCUGCAACGAGUGCGGCAAGGCCUUCAGCUCCCACUCCUACCUGAUUGUGCACCAGCGCGUGCACACCGGGGAGAAGCCCUUCGACUGCAGCCGGUGCUGGAAGGCCUUCAGCUGCCACUCGUCCCUCAUCGUGCACCAGCGCGUGCACACCGGGGAGAAGCCCUACAAGUGUGGCCAGUGUGGCAAGGCCUUCAGCCAGAAUCACUGCCUCAUUAAACAUCAGAAGGUCCACUCCGUGGAGAAGCCGUUUAAGUGCAACGAGUGUGGCGAGGUGUUCAGCUGGAGCGGCCCACUGGCGGAGCACCAGAGAGCCCACAACGAGGAGAAGCCCUUCGCCAUCCAGUUGGACAAGCACUUGCUCAGCACCUACUAUGUACCCGGCGGCCUGCUGGGCGCGGGGGGCUCGGGCGUGGACCCCAUCGAUGCCCUGGACAUGGCUGAGCUCCUGUGCGUGGUCCCCCCCUCAGCCACCAGGAAUUGCCCCCUGGGCAGCAAGCCUGGAAAUUGACGCAGGAGGUCAUCCCAAGGAGGCCCAGCUUCACGCACCUGCCUUAGGCAAGCACCUCUGAGAGGCCAUCACCUCCCGGGAGGAAGAUGCUGCAGGAGAGUUGAGGGCCGUUUGAGGAUGUCCCGCCGUCCUGUUUUCCUUGGUGGGUUCGGAAGUCACUGAAAGGGGAGUGGAUGAUUUCUGCAGAUAAAAAGACGGUAUGUCAGCUGUUGUGUCCUUGGACAGCCUCCUGGCAUGAUUUCGAUCAGGAGUUUCCUCUGUAAAUUGUUACGUUAAUGAUGUUAAAAAACAAGAAUUAUGAACAGCAUUACUUCCAAGUGAAGAUUAUUCUAUUCCAGGAUGGGGGAGUAAUCUCGGAUGGUGGGGGCUUGGGAAAAAGUGAACUUCCUGGACUCAGCUCACUUACGUAGCAGCCGCCAGAGAACCCAGCCCAGCAUCCGAGGAGCCAGGUCUUGAUACAACAGCAUCGUGCCUGGCCACCUUGUCUGUGGUGGGAAAGUGGGACACACAAGUACGUGCAUCUGGGAGAGAGGGGUCUGGAAGCACGCUGUCACCCCCGGCUGGCAAGGCUGCCUGCAGGGCCUCUCUGUGGACCAUGCAGCUCGGCUUCCCUGCCCCGCCCCGCCUGGCCCCAUCCCGCCCGAGGAGCCCCUCGAGGACUCUCACCCCCGUGCUCUCGCAGAGGCGGAAAGCGUGGUCUUCUGGGGCUUGUCACGCUUGAAGCGUGUCAUUUCUACUCAGUUCUAAGCAGGUAUAAGCUGUCUUCUCAGUGGUGAUACUUCACACUUGUAUAGAGAGUGCUAUAGUUUACGAAAUGCUUUUUAGUAUACUUUUUAAAUUGUGGAGGCAAAGUAACCACAUUUCAGGAAAUACAGAAUUAAGGGGGAACUACCCAUAAUUCUUAAUAAAACAGCAUUUCACGCUUUGA